UUUAUCGGAUGUUUCCAGAGUCCAUCAAAAUAUCACGAAGAGCAUUAGUUGAUAAAACAACUUUGAGAUGAAUCUAAUAUAUCAACUUAUUGCUGUGGGAAUAUUCAUGUUCAUGGGCAUUCCCUGCAUUCACUCAGAUGUCCACUCACUCGUCACCUCCUACACUCAACUAGAGGGAACCAGACAGGAAUUUUAUUCUGUAACUGAACUGGACGGGAAGCCAGUUUUUUACAAUAACAGUAAAAUAAAGAAUCUGACUUACAACCAGGAGUGGAUAAAGAAGAUUAUGUCUAAAGAGGACUGGAAACAGGAAUUACAAAACAGAGAGAAAAUGCAGGAGAUAUUUGAAAAAAACAUCCGUAUUAUGAAGGGCCGUCUUAAUGCAAACGAAGGUACGCAGACUUUUCAGAGGACAUUUGGCUGUAAGUGGGAUGACAAAAAUAAUGAAGUGGAGGCAUUUGACACAUAUGCUUAUGAUGGACAGGAUUUCAUCUCACUGGAAAUGCAAGAAAAGAAAUACCUACCUUUUUUACCACAAGCACUUCACCCCAGAGACAUAUGGAACAGAGACCAGAACCAGCUUGACUUUUUAUUAAACUAUUACAACAAGGAUUGCAUUUUUUGGCUAAAAGAGAUGUGGAACCUUCGCAAAACUGAUUUGAAGAAAAAAGGCUUUCCUGAAGUGUCUCUCCUGCAGAAGGAUCCCACUUCUCCUGUGGUGUGUCAUGUCACUGGUUUCCAUUCAGCUCAUUCAGUUCGUAUCACUUGGAUCAAAAAUCCAUCUUGCAGAUUUAAUGAGCAAAAGGAAGAAAUUCUGCUCAAUGAGGAUGGAACCUUCCAGCAGAGCGUUGCCCUCAUCAUCAAUCCAGAGGAUUGGAAUAGAUGCAUUUACAAUUGUGAAGUGUCAUACAAUGAAAAUGAUGAGUUCAUUUGGAUAGUUGCAAACAAACUUAACUACAAGGUCAAAAGCAACUUUGUAUCGUUGAAAGGUGUAUACAUUAUUGUGAGUGUUGUGGUGGCUGUGGCUGUGGCAGCUGUGCUGGCUUUUGUUCUGAUUAAAUGGUGCAAAUCCAGACCUGCUACAGGUAGUUCUGGAUCUUCUAAAUCCCUGAUAUAACCACUGUAGUUGUUUAAUACUAGAGGUAACUUGAUUCUGUCAAUAUCACAUGAGCUUUGUGUAAAUUGGGGUAACAUAUACAUUAGUACAGUAGUGUAAUACAGUAGUGUAGGUACAUAAUCUCAAAUUCUUAUCAAAUGAUUAUUUACUCUUAUUCACUUUUUGUAUUAAUAAUUGUUUAGUAAUUGUUUCCUGGGUUUAGCCUUUUCAUAUAUCUUUUUGUGUUAACUGGGCUUAAUUAUGGUAAACUAUUUAUCUAUAUCUAUAUAAAGAUUUAUUUAAUGUAAUAUAGCUACUAUAUUUGUAAUUUUUUUUUACAGAGAUGAUAACUAUACGAUUGAUUAAACUUCUUAAAUUCAAUUAAGUCAAAAAUUAUAUGUUAAUUAAAUGUUAAUCUGACAUUUUCAAUUAAAAAAAUGUCAGAUUAACAUAUAUUGUUUUCAUUUUAAGAAUUACAUUAUAUAAAAAUGACAAAAAUCAUUGAAUGCAUGAAAAAGCUUUAAAUUAUGGGGCGGUUUCACGGACAGGGAUAAGACUAGUCCUAGACUAAAAAAAAUGUAAGAGCGCUCCAAACUGAGAACAUCUUGCACAGACAUAUCUUAAAAUACAUCAGUGCUCUCUGUUUUGCCUCAAAAUGCACACAAAUAAUGUUUUUAGUAAGACAGGUUUGUUAAAACUAGUUAUAUUUACUAUUUAAACUAAGGCCUAGUCCUGGUUUAAGCUAAUCCAUGUCCGGGAAACCACCCCUAUAUAUCAAAAUUGCAGUUAACUAACUGUUUGUGUUUUACAUGAUUGAUAACGAUUGUUAAGAUCUUCUACAAUACUUGAAAUCACACUGCAAAUACCUAUAACUGUAGAGGCAGAUUAAAGAGGAUGUGUGUUUUUUAUGUUUAAAGCACUGCCUGCUUAUGGUAAUUAUUUGUAAAAUGCUUUCAAUAACAUUGCUUGCUAUACCUUAA